AUGUUCGAAGAAAACCUAUUAGCGGAUCCGGAAUUUCACACGCCAGCCGAUAUUGACGUUCUCAUCGGAGUAGACCUGUUUGCAGGAUUAUUUUCAGGGGAAGCUCACACCACGCAAGAAGGAACGGUGCAUGUGAAAACAUUUUUUGGAAUUGUCUUCGCUGGCCCCGCUGCUCUUCAACUGCCAAGCCAACAGCCAAGUUUUCAACCAGUAAUUUCCGCCUUUAUAGACGCCGAGUUGCCAGGACUAAGCCAACAAUUUGAUCGAUUUUAUGAAGCAGAAGCCGCCGCAUCUACAAUUUUAUUUUGUGCCAAUACAGAAUUCUCUCAGCAGCCACGCCCUCUCGUAGAACCUACAAUUAACGCCGCAACGCUUCCCAUUCCGGAACAUUUUGAAAGAUUUUGGGCCCUUGAAGAAUUUGCUCCAAAACCGCAUUUAACGCCAGACGAAGUAUAUUGCGAAGAAUUUUACAAGCAAACAACCACACAGCUAGACAAUAAGCGUUAUCAAGUUCGCUUACCAUUCAGACCUAACCAUCCGCCUCUUGGAGAAUCACGCUCGCAAGCUGAAAAACGUUUUGUCGCCUUAGAGAAGAGAUUGGAUCGAGACGCCGUUUUUGCGGAACAAUAUAGGAAGUUUAUGAAAGAUUAUGAAGACGCCGGUCACAUGAUUCCAGUGACAGCCCCAUCGCCCACAGACAGCUUUCAAGGAUAUUACUGCCCUCAUCAUGGUGUACUCAAAGAAUCCUCUUCUUCCACAAAAUUGCGAGUAGUAUUCGACGCCUCUGCCAAAAGCAGCACUGGAUUAUGUCUGAAUGAUAUUUUGUUAAAUGGACAAAAAUUACAAAAAGACAUACGACAUGUGCUCCUCCAUUUCCGACGCCAUCCAAUUGCAAUUUCCGCCGACAUACGCCAGAUGUAUUUGCAGAUUGAGCUCCAUCCUGAUGAUUGGUUUUAUCAACUGAUUUUGUGGAGAAAGGACAAAAACGAACCUAUACUCACUUACGCCCUCGCAACAGUCGCCUUCGGAAUCAAAUCCUCGCCGUUUCACGCCCUUAGAACCUUAAAGAAAUUAGCCCAAGAUUUUGGUCAUCGUUUUCCAAAAGCAGCCGCAAUUAUUCUAAACGCCACCUAUAUGGAUGAUAUUCAAUUUGGAGCAAGCACAGAAGAAGAAGCACAAGGAUUAAUUGAAGAAUUAAUCGGUCUCCUGGCUUGUGGUGGUUUUACGAUGCACAAAUGGUUCUCCAGCCACCCGCAAGUUUUGUCUACACUACCAGCCGAGAAGUUGGAAACGCCAAAGCUGAAAUUUUCGCAGGAAGAAAAUCCUUGGUUUUCCGUAUUAGGCAUUCAAUGGGACGGGAAAGGGGACGAAUUUUCGUAUGAAGUCAAUUUCCGCCCGCACGCCGAGACAAAACGUGGAAUUUUAUCAAUGAUCGCCUCGAUUUACGACCCGAAUGGUUGGCUAGCUCCGGUCAUUUUCAGAGCUAAAUUAUUCGUGAAAGCCUUGUUUCUGCUAAAACAGCCAUGGGACGCCGUAGUACCAUUGGAGAUGUCGCAAAGGUGGAAGGAAUUUUUCACUGAGUUACAAGAAAUACGCCAAAUUAGAAUUCCACGUUGCCUUCCUGCGCCCAACGCCUCUCACUAUGAACUCCAUUGUUUUGUAGAUGCCUCUCAGAAAGGAUAUGGAUGCGUUUUGUAUUUGCGCUCUUCGCCGUCGCCAGAUAGCCCUGCAACCUCGGUUUCGCUGAUUAUGUCUAAAACUCGAGUCGCCCCAAUCACGCCUGUAACUUUGCCACGCCUGGAACUCUGCGGAGCUCUACUUGCAGAAACCUUGCUUCGCGCCAAUCUGCACAUCUUGCAUGAUCAUUAUGAUGCUGCCAAAAUCCAUUGCUGGACAGAUAGUACAAUAGUCCUUCAUUGGAUAAACACGCCUCCUCAUGAGCUACAAACUUUUGUGGCGAACAGAGUUGCGAAAAUUCGCGAGCUGGAUCACUUAAUCACCUGGCAUCAUGUCCGGUCGGAGGACAACGUUGCUGAUUUGUGCUCGAGAAGCAUCGCCCCUGCUGAUAUCGUGCAUAAUGAAUUUUGGUGGCACGGACCUGCAUGGCUCACAAAACCGGAUAAAGAAUGGCCCACGUUCUCGCCUUUGCCAACGCCUAACACUGCAGAUUUGGAGCUGAAAAAAUGCAUCGCUAUAGAGCUAGUAAGCACCGCCGAGCAAGUAACGCAACAGCCUACACCAGAGGAAGAAUCAGACGCACGCAUGGAAUACGCCUUAACCCUCAUCAGCAAAAAUGAUAGCGAGCUUUCUAAGCUUCAAGCCGACUACGAAUCCCUCAUGGGGGGGAGCUGA